AUGUUCGGUCACACAGAGAACUUCCAGGAGAUGUGGAAACCAAUAGAAAAGCCAGCCUCUGUCAGCAUGAUAGCCUUGUCCUUUUACAAUGGAUUGUUUGCUUACGCAGGAUGGAACUUUCUCAACUUAGUAACCGAAGAACUGCAGGAACCAGAAAAGAAUCUACCUCGAGCCAUCAUGAUCGCCCUGCCGCUGGUGACAGUCGUCUAUGUGCUCGCCAACGUCGCUUACUUUGCGGUUAUCUCUCCAAAUGAAUUCCUCACGUCAGAUGCAAGUGGUGUGCUGUUCGGAAAUCGCAUGUACGGAGUGAUGGCCUGGAUCAUACCUGUGUUUGUAUCCAUGUCCUGCUUUGGAACUGUCAACGGAACGCUCUUCACUUCUGGGAGGCUGUUCAUUUUGCUUAAAGGGGUCAAAGCCGCGGGCCUUUUUGUGUUCAGCAUGGGGAGUUGA